AUGGCUCCCAAGACGGUGCUGAUCACCGGCUGCUCCUCGGGCAUCGGGCUGGCGCUGGCCGUGCGCCUGGCGAGGGACAAGCAGCGCCGCUUCCGAGUCAUCGCCACCAUGAGGAACACGGGCAGGAGCGGGGCGCUGGCGGCGGCGGCGGGGCCGGCGCUGGGCCGGACGCUGGAGAUCAAACAGCUGGAUGUGUGCGACGAGGGCUCCAUCCGCGCCUGCCUCGACAGCAUCCCCGGGCGCCACAUCGAUAUCCUGGUCAGCAAUGCCGGGGUGGGCAUGGCGGGACCCCUGGAGUGCCAGAGCCUGGCAGCCAUGCAGAGCCUCAUGGACACCAACUUCUUCGGCCUCGUGCGCCUGGUCAAGGAGGUGCUGCCCGACAUGAAGCGGCGCCGCGGGGGCCACAUCGUCGUCAUCAGCAGCAUCAUGGGCCUGCAGGGCAUCGUCUUCAAUGACAUCUACUCGGCCUCCAAGUUCGCGGUGGAAGGUUUCUGCGAGAGCCUGGUGGUGCAGGCGCUGCGCUUCAACGUGGCGAUCAGCCUGGUGGAGCCGGGGCCGGUGAUGACGGAAUUCGAGACGAAGUUGUACGAGGAAGCCGAACGUGCUGACUACUCACGGACCGACCCCGAGACGGCCGAAAUCUUCACCAAGCUCUACCUGAGGAACUCCAGGGAUGUCUUCACCAGCCUGGGCCAGACCCCCGAGGACAUUGCAGAGCACACCCUGCGGGUGAUCGAGGCUCCCCGGCCGCCGUUCCGGCACCAGACCAACGUGGCGUACACGCCGAUGGCCGCCCUCAAACACGCCGACCCCAGCGGCGCCCUCAUCACCGACGCCUUCUACCAGCUGGUGUUCAAGUACGGCGCCGUGCUGCGCUUCGGCCUCCGCGCCAUCCGCCUGCUCCGCUGGAAGUCACAGAAGGUCAAGGCGGGCACGCGGCUCCUGGGCUUCAAAUAA